AUGGUGCAUUCUUGGGACAUUGUCGUAUGGGCGCAAGAAAACACCAUUGAUUAUGUACCUUCAUCGUGGGCCAACCACACUAAAACCAAAUACAAAUACCCGGUGGGUAAAAACGACUUUAAAAUGAGAAAAAUAAUUAAUAAUAAUGGGUCUCUUGAAAAUGAACCUUUUGAAUGGUUUGAUGCUGUUUGCAAAGUUGAAUAUGUUAAAGAUUUGCAGAAGGCAAAAGAAUUAUGUGACAAAGGACAAUACACUUCAAAUCUUGAAAUUACUGACCAGGAGUGUGACAAUGAAGGUAGAAAGAAAAAGAGAAAAAUUAUUAAAAGGCUGACAUUUGAUUCAGACUCGUCAGAUGGGAAUGUGCCCUUAGUCAGAGGACAGAACUUAAUCCGGAAAAAAUUUUCAUCAGAGCCUUUGAAUUCACAACAGACUUCUAGUAUCCUAAAAAAUACGCAUGAAAAUGAUACAUGUCUUUCAGAAAAUAGAAAACAAUUUUCCUCAUCUCCAAAUUAUCAUAAACGUUUUUCAAACCAAAAUUCUGAAAGCAAUACCACAGUUUCAAGACUGGCUUUGUUUUCCAAUCAAACACCAAGUUCCUCUAAUCCAGGGUUAAGGCAGGUCUCUUCAGGGUCAAGGCAAAUUUCCAAUGAUUUAGCUCCAUUGUUAGAGGAAUUAACUGAAAUCAAAUUUUACAUGAAAGAAACUAAAGUAACCCUUUCUAAAAUGGAACAUUUUAUGAACAAUUGCAGCAACAAAAAUAAUUUUGCUGAUCAGAGUACUAUGGUUGACACUUCAAAUGUUUUUUUAGAAAAACUUCCAUGUGAUAGUAAAAAACAAUUAGAGGAAGUAGAUGCCUUGAUUGCUGAACCCACACUAAUGAAGGAAUUGGUAAAUUUUCUUUAUUUGGCUGGGGGAACUAAUGCACACAAAAGUGUGUACUUGGCAAUGAAUAAACUGUUUGCCAAGGAAUUGGCACUGCAAUACAGUGGGCAAGGCAAAAAGAAAAAAAUUCCCUUUUGCAAUAUGAAACUGUAUCAAGCUAUUUUUGCCGCAAUUAGAAAACGACAUAAUUCUGUAACUGACGAUGAAAUAAAAAAAUCAGUUUCAUUGUUUUUGGCCACAUCAAAAUCUAGAUUAGGUGGUAAGAGGGACUCAUUAAAAGGUGUUGAAGAGGAUUUCGAAAUAUGA